AUGCCAUCCCGCAGUCAAGCAGCACUCCACGAGGAUUUCUUCCGGAAUACAUCAAGACGAUGGAUAUUCAAGGAAACCGACCGUUUAAAAGAACGAUACGUCAGGGUUCAAGUAACAGAGCUCCAGCGGAUCGCCGGGGAAGCAAUACAACAAGACUGUUGCCCCUAUAUUUCAAAGCUUGCAGAGGGAGGAUUCAACAAAGUAUUCCUCCUGCGAGCAAAGGAUGACCGUGAAGUGAUCGCGCGAAUUCCUACCCCCAUUGCCGGGCCUUCUCAUUACACAACCGCCAGUGAGGUGGCUACGAUAGACUUUCUGCGAAAUGUCGUCAGAGUACCCGUACCGAAGGUCCUUGCAUAUUCGACCUCGUCGGAAAAUCCUAUCAGAGCAGAGUAUAUCCUGAUGGAGCGGGUGGAAGGAGAGAGUCUAUCCUCGCGGUGGUUAUCCCUUACGACCGCAGAAGUGGCAGACAUCAUGAGGCAAAUCUCAGAUAUCGAGAGGAAGAUUUUUGACGUCCAUUUUCCUGCAUACGGAAGCUUGUAUCAUAGGAAGGAUCUUAAUGGGGAACCUCAGAUACCCGUGACAGAUGAUUUCUGUAUAGGUCCUACAUCUGCGCGGCAGUUUUGGCAUGCCGAACGAGGAAAGACGGAGAUUGACCGUGGGCCCUGGAUUUCACCCGUUGACUGCGUUACCGCCGCAGCUCGCCGAGAGAUGUCUAUCAUCCAGCACCAUGCCAAGCCUCAACCUCGCCAGGUAUUCCUUCUACCAACAAAUCAUAACAUCCAUCCCUCUGAGCAUAUUUCACUGCUGUCGCAAUUUCUUCAACUAGCGCCCCAUCUUAGCCCAUCGGGCACUUACAGCGCCCCGACACUAAGACACCCAGACUUGAGCCUAAGCAACAUCUUAUUAGCACCUGGAUCCACCAAAAUCAUCAGCAUCAUUGAUUGGCAAGAUACUGUAAUAUCCCCCCGCUUCAUGCAAUCAGGAUAUCCCGCAUUCUGUGAGCAUGACUCCUCGCAACCGCAAAGCCUCCAAAUUCCAUCUCUCCCCGACGAUUUCGACCAAAUGAGUAUCGAGCAACAGAGAGAAUGCAUAGCUGCCUUUCGCCUAGAAGAAGCCAACCUCUAUUACACAGCCGCAACAGGCAUACACAACGAGCAACACAUGGAGCUUUUGAAACUCCCUCAUCUCGGAAUGCGGCAAUAUCUUCUCCGCCAGACAGGGUAUCCCUGGGACGCAGACUUAAUCAAUCUCCGUGCUGCGUUAGUGGGCGUCACAACGCCAUCCGUAUGGACUGGUCUCUCUUCGGAAGCGUGUCCGGUUGUUUUCAGCGCUGGGGAGCGAGAGGAGGCUAUGGCGGAAUCGCAGGGGUGGAACGAGUCAGAACAACUGCUGUCACGAGUUAGAGAACAUCUGGGUAUCGACGCAGAAGGCGGGACUGAGCCAGAGAAUUAUGAGAGGGCGCGUGAGGGCAAUCGACGGUUUCGUAUGGAAAUGGUUCGGCAAGCAGAGGAGGACCAGCGGGAGGUCUCCUGGCGCAACUGGCCGUAUAAGGAUGACGACGAUACCAGUAUGCCUCCAGACGUGGAUAGCUAG